GUAUUGAAUGAAUGCAAUGACAACACAAACACAUGACUUGUUUUGUCUGUCAUUGAAUUGUUUGGGUUUUUGUCGUCAAAACAAAUGCCAAACAAAGUUUUGAACGUAAAUAUCGGUCUCUUAGGACAUGUGGACAGCGGUAAGACAUCGCUGGCCAAAGCCCUGUCCACAACACAGUCGACCUCUUGCUAUGAUAAGAGUCCGCAGAGUCGCGACAGAGGAAUAACCAUUGAUUUGGGUUUUUCUUCGCUGUCCAUACAGUGUCCGCAAAGAUUGUUUGAAGACAUGCGACGACACCGACAACAGUCGGCCGAAGAGUUGGGCGACCAAAACGAUUGGUCAUUGCAAUUGACAUUUGUUGAUAGUCCGGGACAUUCGUCGCUGAUUAAGACGAUUAUCGGCGGCGCACAGAUCAUCGACAUUAUGAUUCUGGUGGUCGACAUCUGCAAAGGUGUCCAAACACAGACUGCCGAGUGUUUGGUCAUCGGAGAGAUUACAUGCGAUAAGAUGAUUGUCGUAUUGAACAAAGUGGAUCUCAUCCCCGAUGAUAACAAACGAAACAUUGCCAUCGAUAAGAUGACCAAAAGAAUCCGCAAAACAUUGGAAAAGACGAGAUUCAGUUCGGCACCGAUUGUGGCGGUCAGCGCACAUCCGACCGAUCAAAAUGAUAACAAAACGACCAAUAAUUUAGGCACUAGUGAUGUCGUUAACAGUAUCGGUAUUCAACACUUGUUGGACACCAUAUGUAUGGAAAUAUCGCUUCCAAAGCGCAGUCCCGAUGGCGAGUUGAUUUUAUCGGUUGAUCACUGCUUCCAGAUUCGCGGUUCGGGAACUAUUAUGACCGGUACUAUAAUUCAGGGGUCAAUUUCGGUAAAUGAUAAUUUAGAGAUUCCUUCGGUGAAAACCAUCAAAAAAGUCAAAUCAAUGCAAAUGUUUCACCAGAAGAUCGAUAGAGCCAUUCAAGGAGACAGAGUUGGCGUCUGUAUCACUCAGUUUGAUCCGAAAUUAUUGGAGAGAGGAGUGGUUUGUUCGCCCGGUUUUAUGAUACUUGUCUACGGAAUGGUAGCUAAUGUUCAUCGAAUUGCUUACUUCAAGGGAAAGUAUACGACAAAAGCCAAGUUUCACAUUACUAUUCUUCACGAAACAGUUAUCGCAAAAACCACUUUCUUUAAGAAGACUAUUAUUGAUGACAACAAUACAGAUAAUUGCAAUCAAAAUAAAAGCGAUGAAUCAUUUGAUAUGAAUUGUGAAUACAGUUAUGUCGAUGAACUAAAUGAUGAGAUACAGGAUAAUCAAUAUUAUGUGUUAAUAGAGUUUGAGCGACCAAUUAUCCUAAAUACCGGUGCCCUAUAUAUUGCAUCAAAACUUGAUUCCGAUAUCAAUGCCAAUGUCUGUAGACUUGCCUUCUAUGGUAAUGUUUUGAAACUAUUCGGUGAUAAAAAUUAUGUUGAAAACGAUUUGAAGAAUUUAAAGAUUUUCAAAAUCAAACAAAAAGAUGGUUCAGUCGACAGAAUUACCAAUGAAUACGAAGUUAUUGUCAAAAAUUUGUUGAAACGCGAGACAAAUGUCCAGAAUUUUGUCGGUCUUCGUGUUAAGUUGAGUACCGGUGACCAGGGUAUCAUCGAUGGAUGUUUUGGUAAAAGUGGUAAAAUCAAAGUCCGUUUAAACGAUACUAUCAAAGAUAAGUCAUUGAUUACAACAACUAAUACAUCUAAGUCUAAGCGCAAUACAGACAAUGAAAACAGUGAUACAAACAAUAGUACAAAUCAGACACAGAUUAGAGUUUUAUUAGAAUUUAAGCGAUAUAUUUACGAUCCAAAUAAGAAAAUGAUACAAAAUUAAUGAAUAAAUUAUUAUGUAAUUAAAUAUAUAUU